UUUAGUGUUUGAUAGUCAGAAUUGAUAGCAAUUUAGCAUAGCCGACAGUUGAAUGUAUUGGUUGUCUAAAAGUGUUUGUGAAAUUUACUUAAAGCUUUGUACUUAUUUAUUUUUAUUUAGCUAAUUGUCUGUCAAUUGAAAUUUAAUAUUUUGUAAAUAUAACCUAAUAAAAUAUACACGAUAUUGUCAUUAUGCCAAAGGAGGAAGUGACAAUCACUUUAUCUGCCCCAACAACUCCUGCACCAGUACAAGGGUUGUUCAGAAAACGAAGCAGUCGGCCAGUGCACAUCAAAUCAUGGUCCAUCAUGUUAGAAAAAAAUGGGUUCGUUCGAUGCCAUCUCCAGCAUUGUCGGUAUAUUGCAUAUUGUAUUGAUGACAUGAGGGAACACUUCAAGACAUGUCGUGGUGAGGUAGCUGGUAACUUUGUAUGUCCUACUUGUGGCGGCCAGACCACUUCUCAGGAAGCGCUUGAUUAUCAUAAGCACAAUAAUCAUAAAGAUUCUGACGUUAUGUCUAUUAUCAUCAAGCCUACAUUGACUGACCAACAGAUAGCUUCUUGGACUACAGACAUCAAAACUCGGGGAUAUACUCAAUGUUUUAUGCCGGAAUGUCAUUUUAUUAGUUACAAAUUGCCCGAGUUAGAACAGCAUUACGAAAAAUGUCUAGGUGAGGACCCAGAUACGUCAUCAAAGUUUUAUUGUCGUCACUGCAAAGGUUACACAUCUUCACAACAAGCACUUCAGUACCACCAGAACAAUCACCACAAAGAUUUAUUGUUUCCAAUUAAACAGGAGAAAGAAGAUGAUCUAGAUGAUGAUAAUAAAAUCCAGUCAUAUCCCAUGGGUCAAUAUGGCCAUUCAACGUCGAGUGCCAUAAAUGCAGACAGCAAAGUUGUCACUUACUCGCAAUGGAAAAUUCAAGAAGACCUAGCUGAUAACGAUUCUAUUUGCUCUGAAGUGAACGUAAAUAAUCCGACUGACCAUCAGGUCAAAACAUGGAUUCACGGAUUAAAAAAUGGCUUUGUUCAUUGUAAUCAUAAUUCAUGCAAAUAUAUGGCAUUUGAUUUGGAUGAUAUGAAUGAACAUUUUGCUACCUGUUACGAACCAUAUUUGGACGAUUUUGAAUGUUCUAUAUGUGGAGGUAGAACGACAUCUUCAAAUAAACUAAAAACGCAUCUCUUGCACCACCACGAAGAGGGAUAUAAGCAUUUAACAGAGGAAGAAUGUGGUUUUAAACUCGUGGAAACAGAAGAUGGACUAGAAUUACAGUCUGAAAACAAUGAAAAUGUAAAACGUAAAAUCGAAGACACUGAUGAUGAAGAUUAUGAAUUGAAACAUUCCUUUAAACGAAAGUCUUAUGAUAUUCCUUACAAUCAUUUAACAAAAUGGCGUGAAGAAUUGUUGCGUAAUAAGUUUAUCAGGUGCACAGCAUCGGAUUGUAGUUAUUUGGCUUUAGAUAUGCUCGAAAUGAAACAACAUUCAGAUGAACACGUCGACAGUGUUUAUUGGUCAUUCAAAGAUCGAGAUUUAGAAGACAGAGUAGCUAAUUAUUGUGACAUGUGUCACGGUCAUUUUAAAACUCCUAAGCAUUUAGAUGGCCAUAAGCUCAUAUCUCAUAAUAGCAGUGAUACAUCUAAAAUUGACAGCUUAUUAGUUGAUAUUAACGAAGAAAAUAUUGAAGACAAUGAAGAGAUAGAAGAAAUUUUUUAAUCUACUGAGAAAUUUAUAUUUGGAUUGGUAUUUGCACAGUGUGACAAUUAAUAUUGUAGAUUUCAGUUAAUUACCAUUAUUUUAUAUCAUUUAAAUGACAGAUGCUGGUUUUUAAGUAUAAAUUAAAC